GAAAAAAAAAAAAAAAACACUCCUCCAGGUAGGGAGGAGAAAAGCAAGCGGCCAGGUGAAGGCUACUACACUGUCACCAGGACAAAGGUGUGUCAGGACACGGGACGGCCGCUGGAGAUCUACGUUUCAACCUUUAACCGCCUGUGGGCUACGAUUUUUAACAAUGGCUUUAACGCAAGAAUCCGUCCUGUCUCUGCUGAUAACGGAAGGGGGCAAAGUAAAGAAAUCCGACCUGGUGAGUAGGUUCAAAGGGACUGUAGACUGCAACGAUCCCGCACAGAGAGAACGGAACAGGGAGCUUUUCAAGACCUUUGUCAACAACCUCGCCGUAGUGAAAGAAAUCGACGGUGUCCGGUACGUUGUCGUCAAGAAAAUGUAUCAGCAUUUGCUAGACGAUGUCCAGACUACGAAAAAGACUGAUAAUAAAGAGAUCCCGCCGACAGGUGAGCAGCAGCGCCCACCUGUGCGGAGUGAGCACACUGAAAGCUGUGUUGUCGAUGCAGGAGGGGAGAGAUCGGCUGUUUCUGAACCUGAUUCAGAACAGGAAAGUAGUGAAAAUAGUGAACAUCCCACAGAAUUACUUUCUCCUAUAGAGUUGGCACUGCGAAGGAGUAAAUUCACGGAUAUUAAAGUUAAGAGGGUGCUGAAAGUUGAGAUCCAAAAGCAGGACACAGAUGGAGAUAGUGGCUCUAGAAGCAAUGCAGCUAAUGAACCCAUCAGCAUCCAGAGCAAACCAUAUGCCUUACCCCUGAGACUGCCUCCCAGCACCACCAGGGUUGAGAUCCGCAAACUGAAAGUGGACCCAGAUGAGCCCCCUGAAAGCCCCACACUACAGGCCUUCAGGAACAAGAGAAGGCCCCCGUCAAUCGAGACGGGGGGCAGCAUCGGCUCCCCCCAGCUGAGGAGGGCUGUGAAGAGCACCAAGGAUUCAGAGGAGCCCAAAGACACAAGGUUCCCCUCAGUGGUUCCCUUGGAGCAGUCAGAGCAUGAAUGGCUGGUGAAGUGUGCCGCCGGCCACUGGAGCCAGGUGUACGGUCUGCUGCUGAGAGACAACCAGCUGGCUGAGAAGAAGGACUUCAUGUCGGGGUUCACCGCCCUGCACUGGGCGGCCAAAUGUGGAAACAGCAGCAUGCUUGUGAAGAUUAUCCACCUGGCCAAGGAAGGAGGAGUCGACAUUGACAUUAAUGCAAAAACACAUGGUGGAUACACCCCUUUGCACAUCGCCGCUCUGCAUAACCAGGAGUACAUCAUGGCCAUGCUGGUGGGAGAGUACAGCGCCGACCCGAGCAUCAGGGACAACUGUGGGAAGAGGGCCUACCACUAUCUACACAAAGGCGUUUCUGGGACGGUGAGGGAGAUGCUGGGUGAACCCAAAGCCCAGCAGACUCAGGACAGGGUCCUGCAUGAGAAAGAAGAGCUGGACCUCUUCCCGGAUCUCUCCAAGGGUCUGCAUUCAAUAAGCCGUCUCUUCCAGCCCCACACUUCGGGAUACAAGAAGAAGCACAAGCAGAGGAUGGGAUUUUCCUCCGUGAGCGACGAUCCCGGCGAGGAACAUGAAGACAGCAUAAGCAGCAUCAGCAGCGUCAGGAGCAGGAUUGUGUCAGAUGCCUUUAUGUAAACUCAGAAUUCUUUGUUUGCAUAUUUCCAUGAGAAAUAAGCACAAGAAAUAAGCAAACUAUCUCACAGAAUUUGACUGGCAUUCCUCUGAUUUUCAGGACUCUUCAACAAUCUCUUGUUAUGUUAUUUAUAUUUUCUGACGUGCACGCAGAAGCAAUCAAAGAGGUAAUCAAUCCAAGACUUGAUGGUGAUGGUUCUGAUUCAUUCUGAGUUAGAGACAAUGAGUUUUAGUUUGGCAUGUUACCUUUGUACCUUCAGGUGUCACCUUGGUUGUGUUUACAGGUAUAAGCCAAACAUGAGCCAGGAAAUAUUCCAGUAGGUCCAGUGAGUCGUCGUAUUACUCACUGUCUGUGGUUUCUUGAAGGCGUCAUCUCUUCAGGCUGCCUUUUGUUCACCUUCACGAGAGGCUCAAAAGCAGAAAUUAAAACUGUGCAUAACAAUAUUACAGAUAUAGUGUGUGUUUUAUGGUGAGUUUCCCAUUUAUUGAUAUGAAUUCCCAUUUUUCUAAAUGGUAAGAAUCAUUUUUAUUUUAUGUUGUAGUUUUAGUUUUAAAAAAUACUCUCCUACCAGUGAUGUAGCUGCAGAAAUGAGGUUGUUCAUUUGUUUUAUGUCAUUGACUUUCCAAUACCUGUUAAGGUGUGUCACACACUCCGAUUUAUCGUCAUUUUAAAUGAACUGAAGGAAUAAAAAAGACUGUUAACUGCUUUUACCAUG